AAGAAGCACAAUAGCAGAUGCACCGAAAGUAAGAUGUUUUUUUCUCAACUGUGUCGCGAAGUUGCAAGGAAAGCCUCUUGUUUACUUAGUUGACUUCAGUCAAAGAAAGUAGAAACGCGGAUCCACGAAAGUAAGAUCUGUUAACACUUUCCUUUUGUUUUUCCCUUCAUGAGAUCACAAGUCAUGACCAUAUAGCAAGAGAGACAAAAUACAACACCAUUUCUUUCUCUAUUAACUCAAUUCCCACACCACUCAUAACUGAUUUACCGUAACUUAACAUACACAUCAUGCCACUUUCCGGUGCUUCUUCUGCUUAUUCUCAAGCAUCUGUCACUCAUCAAUACGAUGUCUUUAUCAGCUUCAGAGGUGAGGACACGCGUAACGGCUUCACCAGCCAUCUUCAUUCUGCUCUCCGCAGAAACCGGAUUGAGACGUUCAUAGAUUACAGAAUCCAGAAAGGAGGAGGCAUCUGGAACGAACUUGUUGAGGCCAUCAGAGACUCAAACUUGUUUCUUGUUAUCUUCUCUGAGAACUAUGCUUCCUCUAAGUGGUGCUUGAGAGAGCUGGUGGAGAUCAUAGAAUGCAAGAAGAAGAAUGAAAAUGUGAUUGUGAUUCCAGUGUUCUACAGAAUACAACCCACACAUGUUCGCAAGCAGACUGGAAGUUAUCGCAGAGCAUUUGAUGAGCAUGAGAGAUCCACCGACCGUAAACAUGUGCAGCAAUGGAGGACUGCACUCUUUGAAGCUGCCAAUCUUUCUGGCUUCCAAUGCGAUCACCACAGGUAAGAAGCAGAGUUGAUCGAUGAAAUUGUGGAAGCAAUUUUUUUAAAUUUGAAUAACAAUUGCUAUAGAGAUGAACUCAAAAGUCCCUUUAUUUGUAACAGAAAUUAUACUUCUGUUAAAUCUUUAUUGAAAUUUAAGUCGGAGAAAGUUCUUGUGAUUGGAAUUUGGGGUAUGCCUGGAAUUGGCAAGACAACAAUUGCUACUACUCUUUUUCAUGAGUGCUCCUCAGAAUACGAAGGUCAUUGCUUCUUAGCCUUUUCAAAAAAUUUAGAAGGAAAAGGUAUU